AUGUUGGCAGGUGCCCGGGGCCCCGCCCCCGAGGGGCCCAGGCGCCCCCGGGGAAGGCCCAGCUGCCCGCCGCCCCCGCUCUCAGCCAUGGACGCCGCGCCCGAGCUCCUGAGGGUCCCGCCGGCCGAGCUGCUGGACGACGUGCUGCGGGAGCAGUUCGGGCCGCUGCCCCAGCAGGCCACCAUCUGCCGGCUCAAGCGGCUGCCGUCGUCCACCCAGGACGUGCAGUUGGUGCUGGAGCGGCGGCGCGUGGCCAACGCCAAAGAGCGCGAGCGGAUAAAAAAUCUCAACCAUGGUCUGGCCAAACUGAAGGCAUUGGUGCCGUUUCUUCCCCAAAACAGGAAGCCUAGCAAAGUUGAUAUCCUCAGAGGUGCAACCGAAUACAUACAAGUUCUCACUGAUGUUUUGGAAGAAGCCAAAGACUCUGAGAAACGAGACCCAGAUCAUCAGAGCUAUAGCAGCAGUACUUCUGAGCCACAUACUUCCUCAGCUAGACAGCUAUCCAGAGACAUUAUACAACAUGCCGGCUGUGCUGUGGGCUUGAAGAAUGAGAAGGAAGGGUCCUGGGCAGAUGGUGGCAGUGGUUCCUUCAAGUAUGAGAAGUGAAAAGGCUGGCCCAGGGCUACCUUCUACAGACG